CCCAGAUUCAAUUUAGUGAGAAGCCUGAAUGUACCAGCUCACGAGCUCCUUAGCUGUCGUAGAAUAGAGGAAUACUGUGAACUGCAACAAAGGCAUUCUGUGCAUCUUCGCUGUGCAAUUCGCAGCGAGAGGAGCUAGUGCCAGAUAUCUUGCGUUCAGUUUUUCCUUGUGUCACUCACUAUGAUUUGAUUAUUUUCAAUCGAGAAUUAUUAUCAUUUCAAAAGAGUGACAGAUGGGCAAAGAAAAUUGUCGUAACAAUAAAUAAAGAGAAGGACACAAUUUUAAUUUUCUCCCGAUGCUUCGGGCAUUCAAAUGGUAAUGUUGCUCCAUAACUCGGAUAGACUGGCUUCGGCCCCACCCCCUUUUUCAAGUCCCUAACAGUUUUGGUUGUUCGUUGGAUCCCGUCUUUUGAUACAGUGAAGUGGGAACUCUCUGGUGGGUCACUUUUAAAAUUGCUAGUUCCUAGGCUACUGAUUCCCCUGUGCGAAAGGGUGCUCUGGUGUCCCGUUUCUUCCCGUUUCCCUCAUUGCUUCGUCGUAGGCGUCCAAGUUCAGGUGGCAUUAGGGGCGCCCGAGCAUGUUAGUUCGCAGCAGUCGCGAGCUCCAGAGACCUGCACUUUACCGCUCUCUGUUUCUCGCGCUGCGUCUCGCCGCAGCUGCGACUUCUCAAUGGAGCUAACGGCAGCGACAUAACGCACUUCACGUGAAAAGGGGGAGCAGUGCGCUGUCUGUGGCAACGCCGGAGAGUGAAGGGAAGCAAAUCCGGGAACGCUGAGGUGUGUGCUAUCCCACCUCUUUUGUGAAAAAAAAUAAAAAAAAAUAAAUCAAUAAAAGCUGUGGAAGCCGUUCGUCUGCUUUGCCGCUGUCGGCUGAAGGAAGGAAGGGUACCGACUCUCUCCGCGCAGAGGCGCCUCUGGGAGUGGAUUCCGGGCGGAGCGGAGGCCUUGGGCGGUGGGGAGCGGCGGGGUUUCUUGGUGCAUGUUUUCUCGUGGCGAGGACUUCGGCUCGCGGCACAGAUGAGGCUGAGCGGCUCGGCGGCGGCGGCGGCGGCGGCGGCGUGGAGCGCGGUGGCCGUGGCGACGCUGCUGCUGACGGUCGCCCCGCGGGAGGCGGGGUGCGCGGGGUCGAGCGCCGACGGCGGGCCCCCACCUGAGCUGCUCCCGGAGGCCCCCGGGGACGCCGGCUCGGCCCUCGCCAGGCAGAAGAGGAGCUGGGUUUGGAACCAGUUCUUCGUGCUGGAGGAGUACACCGGGGACGACCCGCUCUACGUCGGGAAGUUGCACUCCGACGUGGACAAGGGGGAGGGCCGCGUGAAGUACGUCCUGUCCGGCGAGGGCGCCACCUCCAUCUUCAUCAUCGACGAGAACACGGGCGAUAUCCACGCCACCAAGCGCCUGGACCGCGAGGAGCAGGCCUACUACACGCUGCGCGCCCAGGCCGUGGACCGGGCCUCCAACAGGCCCGUCGAACCCGAGUCCGAGUUCGUCAUCAAGGUCCAGGACAUCAACGACAACGAGCCCAAGUUCCUGGACGGGCCCUACACGGCCGGGGUGCCCGAGAUGUCCCCCGUCGGGACCUCAGUGGUUCAGGUGGCGGCGACUGACGCAGAUGACCCCACGUAUGGAAACAGCGCCAGGGUGGUCUACAGUAUUUUGGAGGGACAGCCCUACUUCUCCGUCGAACCAAAGACAGGUGUCAUCAGGACCGCUCUGCCCAACAUGGACCGGGAGGCACGGGACGAGUACCUCCUGGUCAUCAUGGCCAAGGACAUGGUGGGGCAGAUGGGCGGGCUCUCCGGCACCACGUCCGUCACCGUCACGCUGACGGACGUGAACGACAACCCGCCGCGCUUCUCUCGCAAAUCCUAUCAGUUCACCGUUCCGGAAUCCCUGCCCCCGGCCUCCGUGGUGGCGAAGAUAAAGGCGGCGGACCCCGACGUGGGUCCCAACGCCGAGAUGGAGUUCCGGAUCGUCGACGGGGACGGCCUGGGGGCGUUCCGAGUCACUCCGGACAAAGACACGCAGGAGGGAGUCAUAACUCUGCAAAAGGGGCUGGACUUUGAGACGAAGGCGAGCUACACGCUCCGGAUCGAGGCGACGAACCGCAACAUCGACCCGCGCUUCCUCAGCCUGGGCCCGUUCUCGGACGUGGCCACGGUGCGGGUGACGGUGGAGGACGUCGACGAGCCUCCCGUCUUCUCCUCGCCCCUCAGCAGGAUGGCGGUGUCCGAGGCCGCCAAGGUGGGCACCGUCAUCGGCACCGUCUCCGCCCACGACCCCGACUCCUCCAACAACGCCAUCAGAUACUCCGUAGACCGCAACACAGACCUGGAGCGCUUCUUCAACAUCGACGCCAUGACGGGGGUCAUCAGCACCGCCAAGCAGCUGGACCGAGAGGCCAACGCAGUGCACAACAUCACCAUCCUCGCCUUGGAGAGCCAGGACCCGUCCCAAGUUGGGAAGGGCAUCGCCCUGAUCACAGUGACGGACAUCAACGACAACGCGCCCGUCUUCGCCAUCGAGUACGAGACGUUCCUCUGUGAAGGUGCCAGUCCCGGACAGGUCAUCCAGACCAUCAGCGCGGUCGACCGGGACGAGCCGCCGAGCGGACACCGCUUCUUCUUCGCGCUGACCGCGGAGGCGGCCGGCAACCUCAACUUCACGCUCCGAGACAACAAAGACAACACGGCGUCCGUCCUGACCAAGCGGGGGGGAUUUCGUCGGCGGGAGCAGUCCCUGUACCGGCUGCCCAUCCUGAUCGUGGACGGCGGCAGCCCCUCCCUCAGCAGCACCAACACGCUGCCCAUCCGGGUGUGCCACUGCGACGGCGAGGGCGUGGCUCAGUCCUGCAGCCCGGCCGAGGCCUACAUGCUGCCCGCCGGCCUCAGCACCGGCGCCCUCAUCGCCAUCCUGGCCUGCGUGCUCACGCUGCUGGUGCUGGUGCUGCUCAUCGUGACCAUGCGCCGGCGGAAGAAGGAGCCGCUCAUCCUGGACGAGGAGCGGGACGUGCGGGAGAACAUCGUGCGCUACGACGACGAGGGCGGCGGCGAGGAGGACACCGAGGCCUUCGACAUGGUCGCCCUGCGCAACCUCAACGUCGUCCGCGACCACAAGACCCGGCGGGACGUCACGCCCGAGGUGCCCGCCCUCUUCUCCGCCGCCCGGCCGCCGCCCUACAAGGUCGUCCCGGACAACGGGAUCUUCCGGGAGUUCAUCUGGGACCGGCUGAAGGACGCGGACGUGGACCCGUCGGCGCCCCCUUACGACUCGCUGCAGACCUACGCCUUCGAGGGCAGCGGCUCGGUGGCGGAGUCCCUCAGCUCGCUGGAGUCGCUCAGCACGGACUCCGACCAGAACUACGACUACCUGAGCGACUGGGGGCCGCGGUUUAAGAAGCUGGCCGACCUGUACGGCCACGCCGACGGCAGCAGUCUGUUCUCGUAGCGUCGCGGAUUCUCGUCGGCUGACUGUGGAUUACAAACAAAUGGGAAAAAAAAACAAAAAAAAAAAAACUAGUAUUGCUAUCGUUGGAAAGAGCGGGUGGAAAAAAGACAAGACACCAAAACUUUUUUAAAAGGAUGGGAAAUAAAAUACGUUUGGAUGGGUAGAAGAAAAAUUAAAUCAGAUUGGAUUAGUGAAGAGUAAGAGAAAAGAGAACAACAAAAAAAAGUAUUAUUGACAGUUUUGUGUGUUGAUACGGAUAACAUUUGCAAAGAAAAAAAAAAUUGUGGACUUUUUUGGUCGUAAAAAGAUUAUAACAGGACAGUUUAUAAAAGGCAGUUUGGCUAACGAAGUUGGACACUGUGGUGGGAGUCGAGCCUAGUGGACAAAACAGCCGGAACAUUCUAGAGACUUCCCCACAGCUACGCUAAGCCCUUACAACAACGCGGUUUCCAAGCACUCCCAGGAAUCCUGCUGCAGUUACUGUUAUAUCUCCGAGCAAAACUGAAACCCUUUUUUUUUUUGUAUCAACUCUUUAUCUGUAGUGGUUUAGUCAGUGCGGCUGCAUUUUAAACAAGCCCCGUGGUUCAUUUUGCUAUGUACAUCUCGAUAUCGGUAUUUUUUUUUUGGUUUUUUCCACAGAUCUUUUCAUGGAUUUCCUCUUUGGAUUACAUCACCAUAUUGACAUACGGGGGUAGAGCGAGAACAAGAUAAAUUUGAUCAGUGUUUCGCGUGAAAGAUGCGUCUGCCAGACACGGCUACAGUACUAUGUAAAAGACUUUUACAUCCUCCCUGAAAUCUGCUGUCAAAUCGCAAGUCCAGGAAAGUGACCUGCUUCCUGUUCAUGCUGACAUCUCUUCGAUCCCUACAGGAGAAUAAACACUCUCUUUCAUUCUUUCAGUACAGAAUUUGACACAGAGUAGUGUUUUUUAUUUUUAUUUUAAAAAAAGGAUGGUUAUCUUCAGAGGUAUUUUCCCUUAGGUCUGCAUAACCCUGGUGUGUAGUCAGAUGUGUUAGCAUCAAGUUGUGAGUUGUGGGACAGCACAGCAGGACGGUCUGGAUUUCGACGUUUUAGGGGUUGUUUUUUUUACAUUUGCACCUUUUUCAAAUCAAUAUUGAGUGCGUAAAAAAGCCCACUCAUUAAAAAAAGGUAGGUGGGUGGUUCAGAAUGGAGAUACAUUUCACAUGUUAUACACUCUGACAGCUACAGUAAAUUUUAACAACUUUAAGUGCCAAGGAGCACUGUACUGAGAAUUUUCAUUGGGCCCAGCAUUCAAAAGAAGGGUCUUACAUUUGUGGGAGGUGGAGUUCUUGUAUUCUACCAUUGCCUCGCCUGGUUCAUGCUCAUAAAAUUGUGUGAUCUUCGCUACUCGACACAAAUUAUAGGCAGACCAAACAGUUAUGCUCCUGGUUUCAAGGAUACUACAGUAAAGCUUCAUAAAAAAUAUGCUUUUAAGAGAGGCAAGAGGUCAAGGACAAGUCAAGGAUCCGUGAGUUAAUUAGAAAGUUCACACUCAGUUGUGCUUUUAAAAUGAUUGCUGACCUGAAAUAAUAAUUUUUAAAAAAUUGCUGAUUUAUUUUUUUACAUGUUGUCCCAUUUAAACUGAAAUUUAUUUCUUGAUUUUUUGUUGAUUGCUUUGAGUUACAGCAACAACGAAGAUGAAAAACAUUGUUCCUAUUCGCAAAGUGCAGGUAUAGCUCAGUACGAAAAAGGUUUGAAGGUUUUUUAUUUUGUUUUCUCAGUUCACACCCAAUGAAUAGACCUCCUACUUCCUCCAAGCAUCAAGGUUUUAUCUUUGAUUUAUUAAUUUUUUUUCCUGUCACGGUUGAAAAUAAAUAAGAUGUCUGAGUGGCAUUUGUUUGUCAUCGAGGCACUGUGCAUUAGCUCUCUGCUCGCUUCUCUCCUCUUGAAGAAGAAGGAGUCGCUCGCUUGCAAAGCGCCAUCGGACGCUUCUGAGGCCAGAGAGAGAGAGAGGCCCCUGUGUGAUAAAUGGCACCCGGGCUAGUUGGACCAUUUAGAAGAGCCUUUUAUAAAUUAGCCUGCCGCUUCAACGUGAAAGAUGAGGCUGUUGGUGUAGGGCAUGUAGUACACACACACACGCACACACACACACAACGCACGCUCGCACACACACACAUACAUACGCAAGCAUGCGCAGGCACACGCGUACACACACACACACAUACACACACACGCACGCACGAACACACACAGAGAUUUCCCAGUAGUCUGCCCUCUGAUGUAGACGUACUGCUGUGGAGCAUUAAUUGAGAGUUACCCAGGGCUUGUAUAUGCCUUUCUAUUGUGGGGAACGGGAACAACAGUACUGUGGAUACAUGACUGCGUUAGACUGGCUCUUUCGCUAACUAUGAACGCACAAAUCAUGUCAUCCGUGGCUGAUUAGACUACGAUAUCAUGAAGGUACUACAUAUCUGAGCUAACCAAAAGCAGAUCUGGAGAGUGUGUUAGGAUCUUAGUUAUCUUAUCAAAAUCUUGUUUUCCUGGCAUAUUAUCCAACUUAAACACAAGUGAAUAGAGGAAGUGGGACAUGGCCGGACAGAUAUAAAAGCAUGUAGCAAAAUUCUCUUUCUGUUCAAAGUGUUUGCUUGGGCUUAUGUAGGAAUUCAACCCUUUGAAGAAAAGUUUUCUUGGAACGUUCUUUUUUAAAAAUUAUUCUAAGUCAGUGUUCUAGAGCUUUCCUACCUCUCACCCAAUGCACGCUGGGAUAGGCUCCAGAACCCCCCGCGACCCUGUCCAGGAUAAGUGGGUAUAAAUAAUGUAUGGACGGAUGGAUGUUCUAGAACUCCAUCGCUUUCAGUUACCAACACCGAUUUUUAUGUCAGCAGUAGAAUGUUCAGUUAAAGACAUUCUAAUCACAUGUUUGUGAUCCUGAACCUUGAAGGGUUAAUUGGCUGCAGCUGCCUAAUUCCUUUUUCGAGCGUUUUUUUUUCCCCAUCAGCCCACACUUCCAGCCAGGCCACAGUAAGACAGGAAGCCCGCUCCGGCGACAGGUAAUAACAGUCAGGCUCCUGUGUCCGUCGCGGACAGAGCCGCCGCGCUAGCAGAAGGCCACGACCCGCUGCUUUCAAGAGGGAACUGCAGAAGGCUGGGGGGUGUAGUUCGGUUUCGCGGUUUGCUGUCAAUUUACGGGCGCUGUCAGGUAAUAAAGCGGCCCUCUACGGAACGCUCCUGCGGUUAAUGUGUAUUGGUUGCCAGUCCAAGGAGAUUGGUUCUUGGCAUUCUCCGCCUCAGCCGUUUUCCAUGCAGUAAAUUCUGAGGCUUCAAAGAUCUUUUUUUUUCCUCCCUCCUUCUUUCUCUCUCUCUCUCUCUCUCUUUAUUUCUCUCUCCCGCUCUGACUCUCACUGUCUCCCUCCUCAACAUAAAAUCAUGCGAAAUCAAAAAAACAAGUCAUCGUUAUUAUUCUUGCAAACAUGCCCAUCUCGUCCCCGCUACAAACUGUUAUCCAUUGAAUUUUGACAGCGCGUUUCACCCCGACGGUAAUGCGAUUUCUUAAUUACCUCAAAGAAUAAUUUAGUCGUUUUGCUGCAAAGAGGAGAUAAUGAAGAUUGAGAAUAUUGUCUGAGAACGGCUGCCGUCGUAAAGCAAAUCUAAUUAUUUGUUAACUGGUUUGCUAAACGAAAUCUAAAAGGGCAAUCGAAAUCUCAUUCGCCUUGGCACUAAGUCCUAAUAAAUACCAUUUUAAUUAAGAGAAUUAGCGGAGAUGAGCUGUGAUAGGCACACUGGAACUUUGAAGUGGUGGAACUUUAUCAUGUUAACUUCGCUCGGAAAGAAAAGUAAUCUCAACUCCAGAAAAUAUGAUUUAAAUAUUCUAACAUGACAUACGCUGAUGAAUCUUUUAUAGAUUUAUCUCCAUGCAUUUUUUACAUUAGGUCUACCCCACAUUAUUAUUAACUGAAGGGGAUGUAAGAUUUUAUAUAAACCAAAGUUGCAGGAAAGAUAUGUUGUUAGCAGUAACCGCUGCCAAUUAAAGUCAGUCUGUGACAGGUAAAUCGAGAUUUUAAACUGCAAUUGUGACUCAAAAGUCCAGGCUCUUUGUCCAGGUAAUUACUGCACGGAUCUUUCACGCUGUGAAGGCAGACUGGCCAGAAGUUUGACGUCUCACCCACAGAGUAACUGGAUAACUUGAUUCCUUUUUUUUUUGUUAGCUGAGAGCAGCUGAGAUCCUUGCUGCGUGCAGCACCAAUUUUUGCAGAGGAGAGGAGCGCAAUUAAUUAAGACGUCUGACACAGACCAGAAGGCCUCAUGUCAUUUCGCUUUUAUCUCUGCCAGCCUGAGGAUGGAGGGGAAAGGGGGGGGGGGGGGGGGUUCAGCAUGUGUCAUUAAUCGCUUUGAAUGAACCGAGAAAGACAAAUCACCUGUUUUCAACGUGUAGAAUUUUGACUUCACAUUAUUCUUGCUCCGUGCUAUUCUGGUGCCUCAAGUAGAAUCCUUCUGACGUUUGCUGCACUUUUUUUUUUUUUGUUACAAAGACGAAGUCUUUGCCCGGUUAGUGCGGCACUGUGGUCGAAUACCGUUGGGGCGGGGUACGCUUGUGACCUACGCAGGGGAUAGGUUUUCUGAAGAGGUGCUUUUCUGCAGAUUUUCGGCGAAGCCUUCCCGCUUGGCCGAAAAAAAAACCGUCUUUGUGUGCUGCAUUGUUUCUGCAUCAUAGUCUCACGACGGGUAGCCACAAAUCAAAAAAUCUAAUCAGCCGUUGAUAAUGGAAAUACGAACGGUUUGUGAGCAUGUAUUACAAUUAUUUAAUUUCCUUUAUAGUGGAGGACACCUUUCUUCAUUGCUGUUUCAAAACUUGUACUUUCAUUUUUUUUUUGAAGCAAGGCAGAUGCAUAUUCAUUGUUGAUCAUGUCAUGAGUCUUUUUCAUACAUCCUGUUUUUUAUUAUCUUUUUUUAAAAAAAGAUCAAGUCAUUAUCAUGAUUGCCUUUUGUAAAAAAGAAUUACAAAAACAUUAAAAAAAAACAUAUUUUGGGCAUAUUUUUACAGGAUUGGCUGGUACAUCACAUCCUGAACUGUGUAUCUGCAAAUACUCAACAGCCUAGUCUCCUAUAUGGUGAAAGUACUUGUCGCAUUUGAGUGAGCAGUCACCCAAAUUUAUUUUGCAUAGCAACUGAUUCAGUUGUUCAAUUGUGGGAUAGCAUUGCAUUGUGGGAUUGCAUGGAACAACAACCAGACCUGUCUCUGGAAUUCCAGGGGAAUGGCUGUCUACCAUUGAACUGCAGGUGACCCAACGCAACUUGUCAAAAUCAUACGUCCAAUUGUUUUACGCAGGCAUGGAGACCAAUCCAUGCUGUUUAUACUUUAUACCAUACAUUGACAGUCUAACUGAACUUUCUUUCUGAGACUCAAUGUCUUUCUCUUUACAUCAAAUGUAAAAAAAAUUCUCUUUUUCUUGGUAAUGUGUAGCCUAUUAAUUGAGAUCGAUCGAUGUUUGGGGUGAGGUUGCCAUAACGAUAGACCGUGUCCAGUGAAACGAUUGGCUUGUUUACAUUCUGGCAACAUUAAGUAUGAUUAUUUGUGGAUAUCUAAGUGGCCUUUCUUGAACCAAAAGAGAGGAAAUUUAUGCUUAAUUGAACAACAUGCCAAGCCUUGCGCCGUCUGGUAGACAAUCAUAGAUUCAUCUUCCACCGCUUUUUUCUGUUCGUUUGUACAUAGAAAUGUAAUCAGCCCAGUUUUUUGUAUUGAAAGUUUCAAAAUUGCUCUUGACUUGAAGUCAUGUGUAUAAUUUUCAAUAAAGAAAUAAAA